AAAAAAAAAAAAAGAGAGAGAGAAGCGAAAUUAUAAACCCACAGAGACAGAAGUAACAAAAAGAUUAGAAUUUGUUGGCACUAACAAUUUUUCAAAUAUCCGUUAACGCACAAAGAAGAGAGCAAAAAAAAGGGACCGUUGGGGGGCGCUCCCGCCAUGGCUCAGCUCGAGAGCCAGGCUCAGACCCAAGGCCACGAGCCCUGGCUCGACCCUGACCAUGUCCGCAGCACCAAGUCUCUGAUCUGCGCUCUCAACCUCGUCUCUCGCAACCUCCCGCUCCCUCCUGACCUCUACGACGCCGUUUCCUCCAUCUGUUCCUCCCCCGAACACGCCGACGCCGUUGAGGCACGAAACGGCGGCGUCGGCGGUGCUGCUGCUGCUGCUGAAUCCGGAUCCGUUGCGAGCAAGGUUUUGGAAGAUCAUGGUAGUCCUAAAGGGGAUCUGUUAGACAACUUUGAGGAUGCACUGUUGGAGCAACGUCCAAAUUGCAUGUCAGGUUUUGGAUUGACUGCAUUACGGGAAAAUCGUUAUCAGAGUCACAUUCAGCAUCGAUUGACAGAGCUUGAAGUAUUGCCUUCAAAUAGAGGUGAGGACCUGCAGACAAAGUGCUUGCUUGAACUAUAUGGGCUAAAGCUGGCAGAAUUGCAAAGCAAGGUUCGAUCUGAGGUGAGUUCAGAGUACUGGCUUCGUGUGAACUGUGCAGAACCUGACAAGCAAUUAUUUGACUGGGGCAUGAUGCGACUGCGUCGUCCACUUUAUGGUGUCGGAGAUGCUUUUGCCAUGGAUGCUGACGACCAAUUCAGGAAGAAACGGGAUGCUGAGAGAUUGUCAAGGUUGGAAGAGGAGGAGAAGAAUUAUAUUGAAACUAGAAAGAGAAAAUUUUUUGCGGAAGUACUCAAUGCAGUGCGCGAAUUCCAAUUGCAAAUUCAAAAUUCUAUGAAACGCCGGAGACAAAGGAAUGAUGGGAUCAUGCAAUGGCAUCAAAGGCUAAGGCAACGUGCUACACGGGCAGAGAAAUUGAGGUUCCAAGCCUUGAAGUCCGAUGAUCAAGAAGCAUACAUGAGAAUGGUAAAAGAGAGCAAAAAUGAACGAUUGACAAUGCUGCUUGAAGAAACAAAUAAACUUCUUGUAAAUUUGGGAGCUGCUGUUAAACGUCAGAAAGACGCUAAACAUUCAGAUGACAUAGAGGCCUUGAACGACUCAGAAGCUGAUUUUCCUGAAUUGGAUGCUUCAAACAAUGGAACUCCUCAAGAUUUACUUCCUGAGGAAGAGAUGGACAUCAUUGAUUCUAAUGGCAACAGUGAAACUAGUGAUUUGCUUGAAGGUCAGAGGCAGUAUCACUCAGCCAUCCAUUCAAUUCAAGAAAAGGUAACUGAGCAGCCAGCCAUGCUUCAAGGUGGAGAGCUAAGACCAUACCAGGUAGAGGGGCUUCAGUGGAUGGUUUCAUUGUUCAAUAACAACUUAAAUGGAAUUUUAGCUGAUGAGAUGGGUCUGGGGAAGACAAUACAAACCAUUUCAUUGAUAGCAUAUCUCAUGGAGAGCAAGGGUGUGGCUGGGCCCCACUUGAUAGUGGCUCCAAAGGCUGUAUUACCAAAUUGGAGUUAUGAAUUCUCAAUGUGGGCUCCUAGUAUUGCAGCUUUUCUUUAUGAUGGACGUCAAGAAGAGAGAAAGGCAAUGAGGGAAAAGUUAUCAGGGGAGGGCAAAUUUAAUGUGUUGAUCACACACUACGAUCUUAUCAUGAGAGAUAAGGCAUUUCUAAAGAAAAUUCACUGGUACUACAUGAUUGUUGAUGAAGGGCAUCGGUUAAAGAAUCAUGAAAGCGUUCUUGCAAAGACUCUUGUCUCAGGCAGCUAUCAGAUACAACGGAGGCUUCUGUUAACGGGUACCCCAAUACAGAAUAGUUUGCAGGAAUUGUGGGCCCUGCUUAAUUUUCUUCUGCCGCACAUUUUCAAUUCAGUUCAGAAUUUCGAGGAGUGGUUUAAUGCACCCUUUAAGGGUAAGGGUGAUGUUUCUCUUACAGAUGAAGAAGAGCUACUGAUCAUUCGUCGUCUGCAUCAAGUUAUAAGACCUUUCAUAUUGAGGAGGAAAAAGGAUGAGGUGGAGAAAUACCUUCCUGGGAAAUCCCAGGUCAUUUUGAAAUGCGAUACGUCAGCUUGGCAGAAAGCAUAUUAUCAACAAAUUACAGAUGUGGGCAGAGUUGGGCUAGAUAAUGGUGCUGGGAAAUCAAAAGGUCUACAGAACCUGACAAUGCAGCUCAGGAAGUGUUGUAACCAUCCAUACCUUUUUGUUGCGGGAGAUUAUAAUAUGUGGCGCAAGGAGGAGAUAGCCAGAGCAUCUGGGAAAUUUGAACUUCUUGAUCGUUUACUGCCAAAACUUCACAGAUCGGGGCAUAGAGUUCUGCUUUUCUCACAAAUGACUCGUCUCCUUGACAUUUUAGAAAUUUAUCUGCAACUUCACAAUUAUAAGUAUCUUAGACUGGAUGGUAACACCAAAACUGAGAGUAGAGGAUCUCUAGUAGACCAAUUCAAUGCUCCAGGCUCUCCUUACUUCAUGUUCCUCUUGAGCACUCGUGCUGGAGGUCUUGGAUUGAACUUACAAACAGCAGAUACUGUAAUACUUUUUGACAUUGACUGGAACCCUCAAAUGGAUCAACAGGCAGAAGAUCGGGCCCAUCGUAUUGGACAGAAAAAGGAAGUUAGAGUAUUUGUGUUAAUUACUGUUGGAUCAGUUGAAGAGGCAAUCUUGGAGCGUGCAAAACAGAAGAUGGGCAUUGAUGCCAAGGUGAUCCAGGCAGGACUUUUCAAUACAACUUCCACAGCUCAGGACAGCAGGCAGAUGUUAGAGCAAAUCAUGCGUAGAGGAACAAGUUCACUUGGGACAGAUGUGCCAAGUGAGAGAGAAAUCAACCGCCUCGCUGCCCGAUCAGAUGAUGAAUUCUGGCUUUUUGAGAAAAUGGAUGAGGAGAGAAGACAAAAGGAGAAAUACAGAUCUCGUCUUAUGGAAGAACACGAAGUACCUGAGUGGGCAUAUUCUGCACCUGAAAUUAAGGAAGAUGAGGCCCCAGGUGUUGAUGGUAGUGGUGCCAUGGGAAAGCGGAAAAGAAAGGAGGUGGUUUAUGCUGAUACUCUGAGUGAUUUACAGUGGAUGAAGGCUGUGGAAAAUGGAGAAGACAUGUUAAGGCUUUCUGGUAAAAGAAAGAGAAAAGAUCAUCUUGCAAUCGAGGGCAAUGCAUCAACUAGAAAUAUUGGUGGUGCAGAGGAAAAGGUAUUAGAGCUUGAGAAUGAAAACAUGCCUAUGACAAAUGAAGAUACCUUUGCUUUGGCCCCAGCCCCAAAGAGACCAAAGUCUGAAGAGGAAAAUACUGAGAAACAUGAAUAUCAGGGUCCUGGAGGAAGUAACUGGAAUGGGCAUUUGUUAACAUGGAAUACUCAUAAGAAAAAGAGAUCAAGCUUUGUUGUCCAGAGCACAUUGUCUGAUUCUAGAGGGCAGAAUUCCAAUGGAAGAGGAAGUGGAUGGACUUGAUUGAAAUGACUAAAAAAUAAUUUCAAACAUGGAUAUGCGAUAUUCAGAUCAGUAGCUGGACCUCUUGUAUUUUUAGCUGCCGGUGUUUUUAUACACCUGGCUCCAGCUUGGGCUACGAUGUUUGGCUCAGUUACUGGAAUUUUGGGGCAGCAAGCUUUAGAUGAUUAUUUGAACUGGUGCGGUUAUGGUCACUCAGUUUCUAGUCACUGGUGUUCUUAGCAUCUCACAUAGUAGCAGUAAUGUGAAGUUAUCCCAAUUAAUGGAAUGCACUGUUGGUUCUCUUUGGUCUGAACCAGUGUGUUGAUAAAGUAGGAUAUUAUUGGUAGCGAAGAGGUUGUAGUUGCUGUUAGUUAGGGCAAAAAGGAGAAGAAGAGACCCGAGUGCUAGUUGCAAAUCAAUAAACUAAAGCUGGACUCUUGUGCCUAUUAAAAUCUAUUCAAGAAUGGUCUGAUAGUGAUAGAUGUGAUAAUUCAAACAUGUCUUCAUAAUUUUAUUUUAUUAAUUAGAAUUUUCAAAAUUUUAUGAGA